AUGGCUCAUUACAAAACCACGAACACUCAGAGGCCACGGGAAGAUUUGUCCCUCAAGGAGACGUCGCCGAAAAUCACUGGCAGGGCGGCCUCCACCACGGGCCCUAUGACCGCCUUUAACCUGGUGGAGCAAAUGCAGUAUCUGUAUGUACGGGUUGUGAAAGCUAGAGGGCUGCCACAACCCUGCGAUCCUUAUGUUGAGCUGAAGAUUGGGAACUACAAGGGAUCCACAAAACACUUGGAGAAGAAUCCAUACUCCGAAUGGAACCUAGUUUUUUCUUUCAACAGAGAGAGAAUUCAGAACACCAGUGUGGAGAUUUUGGUGAAGGAUAAGGCUCUUGCAGUUGAAGAUGGUCAUGAAGUCAUUGGCCGAUUUGCUUUCAAUGUUUCUGAUGCUCCAACCAGAGUUCCUCCGGAUAGUCCUUUGGCGCCCCAAUGGUAUAGGCUGAUGGAUCAAAACAAGAUCAAAGGAGAGUUGAUGUUGGCCUUUUGGAUUGGGACACAGGCGGAUGAGGUUUUUCCUGAUGCUUGGCAUGCUGAUACAGCCUCAGUUGUAAGUGGUUAUGGUGUUUCAGAUACUCGUUCGAAAGUGUACAUUUCACCUAGGAUUUGGUACCUUAGAGUUAAUGCGAUUGAAGCUCAGGAUCUGCAGCUUAGAGACAAGAACAACAGAGGACAGCCAGUAGAGAUUUUUGUGAAAGCUACUCUUGGGAGGUUGGUUUUGAGAAGUAAAGUUUCUCAAACGAAGACUACAAAUGUCACAUGGAACCAGGAUAUAAUGUUCGUUGUAGCAGAACCAUUUGAGGAGGAUUUGGUUGUGACUGUGGAGGAGAAUUUGAUCAAUAAGGAAGGAAGUUUCACCUUAGGGAGGUGUGAGAUUCCUCUAAAGAAUGUGGAGAAGAAGCAUGAUCUUUGGAGGACUGAAGUAGUGGAGAAUAAGGAGGUGAGAUUUGCUAGUAAGAUUCAGAUGAGGAUCUCUUUGGAUGGUGGAUACCAUGUUCUUGACGAGCCUGCUCACUCUCUUAGUGAUCUUAGGCCAACAGCAAAGAUAUUGUGGAAACCUACAAUCGGGAAUCUGGAACUGGGGAUCUUGAGUGCUUCCGGACUGCCACCAAUGAAGCCGGAAAAUCGUGUUAACGCCUAUUGUGUGGCUAAAUAUGGGCCAAAGUGGGUGAGAACAAGGACGAUCGUCGAUAGCUGUGAUCCCAAGUGGAAUGAACAAUACACUUGGGAUGUCUAUGAUCCUUGUACAGUCAUUACCAUUGCAGUUUUUCAAAAUGGCUAUUUGCACAGUUGGGAUAAGCCUGGAGGGCCUAUGGAUUUGCCUAUUGGCAAGGUAAAGAUUCGCUUGUCCACGCUUGUCAUCGAUAAAAUUUACACAAACUCUCAUCCACUUGUGGUUAUGCAACCUUCUGGGUUGAAGAAGAUGGGCGAAAUCCAAUUGGCAGUGAGAUUUUCCUGUACAAAUAAGAUGAACAUGCUACUUACUUAUGGACGGCCUCUGCUUCCCAAAAUGCAUUACCUUGUCCCACUAUCUAAAGAUCAAAUCUCUAUGUUAUCAGAACAAGCUGCGUAUACUCUCGCACUGAGGUUGAGCCGGGCUGAGCCACCUUUGAGGAAAGAGGUUGUGGAUUAUGUGUUGGAUGUGAAAACACAUUUGUGGAGCCUCCGAAAAGCCAAAGUGAAUUUUGACAGGAUCGUCAAAGUUAUGGAUGGUGUCUUUGGUGUCGUCAAAUGGUUUGAUGGGAUAUGCAAAUGGACUAACCCCUUCUCUACUGUUCUGGUUUUGAUCAUCUUCUGUGUUGUGGUUAUUUACCCUGGUCUCAUACUACCCGCAUUGUUUUUCUACUUUUCCAAGGAAGGGAUUUGGAACUUUCGGAAGAGACCUAAAAAAAUUCUUCACAUAGAUGCCGACUUGUCUCAUGCCUACACUGCGCUUCCGGAUGUUUUGGAUGAAGAGUUUGAUCCAUUUCCAACGAGAAGGACCGAGGAAGUUCUGAGAAGAAGAUAUGAUCGGCUUCGAAGCAUGGCAGGGAGUAUCCAGACACUUCUUGGGGACAUAGCAGCUCAAGGGGAGAGGGUGCAAUCUAUUUUGAGUUGGAGGGAUCCAAGAGCUACAGCUAUAUUUACGUCCUUGUGUAUAAUUGCUGGGAUAAUAUUUUGGUACGUUCCUUUCCAAUGUAUACCUCUUUUUGCAGGCAUGUAUGUGCUAAGGCACCCAUGGUUACGUGACCAACUCCCUCCAUAUCACUACAACUUCUUCAGAAGGAUGCCGGCGAAAACGGACAUCUUUUUAUGA